AAAGCUCCGAAUCCGUGUCUUAAAUGCGUAUCGUGAAAUUAAUACCGUUCCAAGGAAGAUGCUGAGAGAACUGCGGAUACUCCGAAUUUUUACGGUCAGGUUUCGAGUUCUCCUUUAACGAUCGCCUCUGUAAUACUGACGGAGGAAAUGGCGACCGACAUCGAAGAAUCGGACACCGAUGAUCACGAGAGGCCCACUCCGUCGAAAAGGCAGUGCACGAGAUUCGUUAAGGUCAACGAGACGUUUCAGGAUACGGUAAUUGAAAAGAGUUCGAGCGACAAAGAUGAGACUACACAACGUACAGACAACAUAGAAUACGACGAGGCGGAACUGCUUGCGAGGGAAAGGUUGAGAAGGUGGCAGGCGUGCCAAGUGGCUAAGGGAUUCGUGGACAAUAUCAUUAACAAAGUUUUAGAGAAUUAUAUUAUGGGAGCACCCCCUUCUUAUCCUCUCGAGGAAUCCAGAUUUCAGUUGUUCAGAGCAAACGACAUGGAAGACACGGCGAUUAUGAUGGCGAUUCGUCAUCACGGUCUGGUUCAGUCCGCGGAAUUGGUUCCCCAGUCCAGUGCGUUUUACAGUGAUAAAGCUCCAGGAUAUUGGACCGAUGUACAUUGUUCCUGUCCGUCUAAUCGUGUUCAAGGAAUCGGAAAUUUCGGAAACUCUGUAGCUACUACUUCUGCCAAUUCUUUGAGACUGAACGAUUCGACUGAUCUGGAAGAAUACAACGGACUAGAUUGGGAUUUGAAUAAAGUAGACGAGAGUGACCAGGAGGAGAACUUUUUAGAAAGAGCCGUAGCCGAGGCUAUCAAGAAAAAAGGACUCAGUGCUCUCAGCGUCGACUACGGUUGAGCACGCCUAAUAAAGUCUCGCCCUAAGAUAUGUUUAUAUAAUAGCGAUGCAUAUAAUUUUUUAUCUUUGCAAAUCUACUCCGAUUUGUACGAUCGACUUCAUAGAUGAUACUCGUCAGAAGUUGUUCAGAUAAUUUUACUAAGGAAAACAAACUCUGAUGAUUAUCUAUUUCUUUACCUAUCGAAUGCAAACGAAACCAGUCACGCGUAGAAGCGUAGCGUACGCGUACGCUGGAUUAAAAUAUCUUCUACGAGAUUUCAUUGAUAUAUAAAAGAACACGAAUGUAGUACAAAAUUUUCUUUGUAUUCCAAUGCACUUUUCAAGAUCAUGAUUCUUUUUAAGAAAUCAUGAUUUUUGACCGUUGACAAGAGCAAAGCAUUCGUUGAAGGAAGUAUUAUAAAUGCUAUUCUAAUAAACUCUGCAAGAUAUACACUGUACGUAUAACGCGAACGACUUUGAUUAGUUGUCAUUACGCUGUUCGGAUGUACUAAUUCAUUCCAUGUAGCAUCGUAUUGCUUUUAUCCAUUCCCGAAGAUGAAUUUCGAUCUUUUGUAUAUUGUAAUUGUUGCGUGAUACGUAAAGGUAGUUUACAUUUUAAAAUUAGUACCGUAUACAUAUUCUUUUAGAAAUAAGAGAAGGCCAUUGUACGUGAGAACGUCACUUUUUUUUUUUUUUUUUAUGCAAAGGCCUUCGGCAAUAUAUGUAUUUCAUAUCUGUAAAUAGAUUGUUACGUACGAAACGUAUAAAUAAAUUUCCAUUCACGUUACACGCCGAUAUGUAGCUCUAUGUAAGUCUUGCGUCGUAAGACAUGUAACGCGUUCUCGAUAAUUCGUAUUUCUAGUGAACUCUAAAUAAAGAAAUAUUAAGUAAUA